AAGGAAAAGGACGACAAAGAAAGUGGCGUCUCGUGUAUCGUCCCAGCUGGUCCCCUUGUUGGCCUGGUUCUCCUGCUUUUUGCGAAGGGCUUCCCUCCGGGCGCGCAAACGCCGUUCUCUCUCUAGCUGCUCUCCGUAGUGCGCCUGGUAGAAGGCGUCAAAGUCGAACAUGGUGCGACCGUCGCCGGGAGAAGCCCUAGAGCCACCGGGAGCCCGAGGGGUGUAGGGAGGAGGGCGAGGAGGAGCGGGAUCGGCCACGGGCGUCUUAGAGGGCUUGACGCCAGGUCCGCGCAGGUCCUGGUCGCUGAGCAAACCUCGGUCAUACUUGCGCCGGAGGAUGGUGCUGCCCAAGACCAGGUAAGCUUCGGAGACGCGCGUGAAGCGCUCGGCGGCCUCGGCGCUCCCGGGGUUGCGAUCCGGAUGGUAGAGGAAGCUCUGCCGGUAGUACGCCGCUUUGAUCUGUGCUUGCGUGGCCGUGGAGGGGACGCCCAGCAGCUCAUAGAGGGCGGUGCGGGAGUAAGUCCUCCCUCGCGAGCACAAACCCGUGGCGGAACUCGGAGGCAACCCCCGGACCUGCCACCAUCUCCAUAGCGGUGACAGGGUCCACCCCAGGCAGCGCGCGGCCGCCAUGUUGUGGCUGGGAGGGGGCGGCGCCGAGGCAGCCAAUGGAGGCCUCGAAUCCUGAGCGGCGUCCCCACCUUCUAGCCAAUCAAAUAAAAGGAAAGGCGGGGGAAAAGGUCCGCCUGAGGCGGGCGCAGAUUGAUGACGUCAAAGCGUCGCGCUAGUGCUCGCCGGUCCCAGCGUUGCCAUACCAUCGAGAUGGCAUCUCGUAGCCGGAGACCCGAACACAGCGGACCGCCGGAGCUGUUUUAUGACCAGAAUGAAGCCCGGAAAUACGUUCGCAACUCACGGAUGAUUGACAUCCAGACCAAGAUGACUGAGCGAGCGCUGGAGCUCCUCUGUUUACCAGAGGGUCAGCCUUCUUACCUGUUAGACAUUGGCUGCGGUUCUGGGCUGAGUGGAGAUUAUAUCUCAGAAGAGGGACACUACUGGGUGGGCAUUGACAUCAGCCCUGCCAUGUUGGAUGCCGCCUUGGACCGAGAUACAGAGGGGGACCUGCUGCUAGGGGACAUGGGCCAGGGCGUCCCUUUCAGACCGGGCUCUUUUGAUGGCUGCAUCAGCAUCUCUGCUGUGCAGUGGCUCUGCAACGCCAACAAGAAGUCGGACGUCCCUGCCAGGCGCCUGUACUGCUUCUUUUCUUCCUUGUACUCUGCCCUUGUCCGUGGGGCCCGAGCUGUCCUGCAGCUGUACCCUGAGAACUCGGAGCAGCUGGAGCUGAUCACAACCCAGGCCACGAGGGCAGGCUUCACUGGCGGCGUGGUGGUAGACUUCCCCAACAGUGCCAAAGCAAAGAAGUUCUACCUCUGUCUGUUUUCUGGGCCUUCCACCUCCCUGCCAAAGGGGCUGACUGAAAGUCAGGAUGCAGACCAGGCCUCCGAGUCCAUGUUCACCAGUGAGCGGGCCCCACACAAGAAGGCACGGAGGGACCUGGUGAAGAAGAGCCGGGAAUGGGUCCUAGAGAAGAAGGAGAGGCGCAGGCGCCAGGGCAAGGAGGUCAGACCUGACACCCAGUACACCGGCCGAAAGCGCAAGCCCCGCUUCUGAGUGCGCUGUAUCUAAUCAAUUGGAGAUAGAGCCUGGCCACCCACACCUGCAGCCAGUCCUGCAGCCGUCCUGGCCACCCACUCUGUUCAGAGAGUGGGAGCUGCCCAGCCCGGGACCUGCCUCUGGGGAAUUCUCUGGACUGAACUGUUUACCUCAGCAGCUAGCAACAUAGUAUUUUAGAAAAGUUGGGAGGCUCUCAAAAUAUUUUUUCACUAAAAGAGUUCCAGGGAUCUGGGUUUGGCAGCUCAGAUCCUGUAAUCCCAACACCCUCCUGGGAGUCUGAGACAAGAAGAUGGAAAGUUCCAGGCCAGUCUGGGCAACACAGCAAAAACCUGUCUUACAAAAACAAAAAGAAAAGAAUUUCUAAGGAUGCUUUAUUUUGUCCUAAAUGCAUUAAAUGACUUUCUAAGUAA